AUGAGCAAGAACCAUGAUGCGUCCAUAAAGAACUUGGAGGUGCAGAUUGGAUUUACAGGUGAUACGGUAGAUAAUCCUAAGAAUGAUUCUUGCAAGGCUAUAGAAAAAGGUUUUGAAGUGAUCACCAAAAAGGGUGAAAAUGAAAUAGUUGAAGAGGAUUUGAUAGAAAAAGAAGAAGUUAGGAUUGAAAAAAAGGAGAGUAACAAUCUGGGUGACCAAGAGGAGAAAGGAGUCACCAUUGAACAAUUAAAAGAUAAAAUUUCCCCUUGGAGAAGGACGAAGAAGAAAAUCCUUAAUGAUCUCAAUCCAGAACUAUCAUAUUACAUAAAACCGCCUUAUCCUAUAAUUAAGAAGAAACCAGUACAUGAAAAUGAGGCAGGAUUGUUUGCAAAGUUUAAAGAGAUGUUGAUUACACUUCAGGCAUUGCUAAAUGAUAUAAAGCAUAAGUCAGUCAAGGAAGAUGUAAACAUGACCGAGAAAGAUGAGACGGAAGUGUCUCCAACAUUGGCACUAAAACUAAAGGAUCUAGGUAAGUUCAACACCGCUUGUACUAAUGGUGGAGUAAAGAUCCUACACGCUUUGUGUGAUUUAGGAUCAAGCAUUAAUGUGAUACCACUGAAUAAGGUUAAGGAAUUCAACUUGGAAGAGACCAUAUCGAGUAAUAUGACUCUCACUUUGGAUGAUUUAUUUGUUACCCAUCCGCUUGGUAUCUUACAAGACGUGUUAGUACAUGUCGAUGGUUUAGUUUUUCCUGUAAAUUUUGUGGUGAUUGAUAAGAGCAGAGACUCAAGAGGUCCAGUUAUUCUCGGGCGCUCAUUCUUGAAAACUGAAAAGGCGUUAAUAUAUGUGGAAACUGAUGAACUUAGCUUGAAGUUCAACAAGGAAAAAGUGAUUUUUAAUGUGUAUGAAUGGGCACCACAUGUAGUGGAUUUGGAGACAUGUUAUCGAUUCGAAGAAAAAGGUAACAAAGUUGAAAAAGGAGAAAGUGAACGUGAAUUGACCGGCGUUAGGGAGAGCAGUGUGACCGUUUACCCCGAAGACGAGAUAAUUUGCCCAAAAGCACCUGUCAACGCUUCAGCUAUAAGGAGGCUGGAACAACUAGAGGAUAAUCAAGCAGGAAAUGACAAAGGAUUCUACCAACCACAAGUGCAGCAACAACCAGAGAAAAUGCAAAGUCAACAAGCUUCAAAAUUUUAA